AUGAGCUCGCGACAGCCCGAAGCCUCGACGUCGGCGCACCCCUUCGAGCACCCGGUUGCUCACUCCCCUCUCUCAACAUCGCCAACUCGCUACGGCGACCACGAUCACCUUGCGGCUCACGCUCAUUACGACGGCUCGUCACGGCGGAACCAGCCUGCGCGGGACGGAAGCGGCAGCAGCGGAGCUAGCCCCUCGCGGACGGGCAGUCGGGGCCCUUCACCUGCGCGAGGCGGGUCAGGAGAUUCGGACGGCGGCGCGUACCGCAGGAAAGGCAGCGACACUAUGUCCUCGAGUCGGCAGAACAGUGGGGAACGAGGACUCGGGCAGAUUCAGGAGCAUUCGGAAGCGGGUCUGGCUGGACGAGGGGCAGGCGGGCAGGGUCUGGGCAGAGGCGGAGGCUUGCCCGUGCUGAAUACGCACAUGUUACCCGUCGGUCACGGCCUGCUGUCACCGGCCAGCCCCGCCUACCCUCACCACCCCAACGACUCUCGAGCAUCCCUUCUCCCGCGCCAACGUUCCGGCUCGCAUUCGUAUUCACCUUCGCACGGUCUACCCAGCAGCAGCUCGACCCGAGCAACUCCUUCGCCGACCUUCCCUCCCUCACACUCGAACUCGACCCUCUCCUCGCACUCCCAUUCACACUCGCAGUCCGGCCUCCGGUCUCCCAUCACGACAAACUUCCCGAACUCGUCAUCAUCCACCACUCACACGCACCCGACUACCGCGAGCAACAGUCCCCUCAUGCACCCUCCUUCUCGACCUUCCUCGUCCGCCUCGCAUUCGCAACAAUCGCAUUCGCGAUCCCAGUCGCAGAAUCCUUCGGCGGACGGUCACUCUCGUACGAGUGGUAGUCGAUCGAGGGGAAACUCGGCGACAAGCGUCGACGGGCGAGAAAGUGAGCGAGGACGGGACGACGGCACGCCUGGCGGGAAAGCCGAGCGGAGAGAGAAGGAUCGCUCGCGGAAGGAGAGGAUGGCGGCUGCGACGUGCGCAAAAUGCGAGUUGCCGAUGACAGGCCAGUUUGUGCGAGCGCUGGGAACGGUGUACCACCUCGACUGCUUUCGGUGCAUGGACUGCGGCAAGAUGGUCGCCGCCAAGUUCUUCCCCAUCGAUGCGACCGACGGCUCAGGUCGCCAGGUGCCGCUUUGCGAGACCGACUACUUCCGCCGGCUGAACCUGCUGUGCGCGAAGUGCGGCCAAGCGUUGCGCGGUAGCUACAUCACGGCUCUCGACAUGAAGUUCCACGUCGAGCACUUCACCUGCGAAGUCUGCCCGACCGUCUUCGGCCCGCAAGACUCGUACUACGAGCACGACGGCUCGGUUUACUGCCACUUCCACUACUCGACUCGCUUCGCUGUCAAGUGUACUGGCUGCCGAACUGCCAUCCUCAAGCAAUUCGUCGAGAUCAACCGCAACUCGGUCGACGAGCAUUGGCAUCCAGAGUGUUACAUGAUUCACAAGUUUUGGAACAUCAAACUUGCGCCAGCGCCGAAAGCUGUCGAAGCGCUUCCUCCAUCCGACCCAUCCGACCAUUCUAUCGCGACAGUGUCUGACUCGAGCACUUCCGCCCCGCCUCCGCCCGAGUACCUCGCCAUCGAAGCCUCCGAGACGCCUGGCUCGCUCAAAGCGCGACAGAAGCACAUGGAGGAGCAGGUUUACCGCAUCUGGACGAUCCUCUCGGCUUUCGAGGAGUCAUCGGCCGCGUGCAUCUCGGAGAUGCUGCGGCACGUCAGCAGCGGGCACUAUAUGGAGGGCGUCGGGAUGGCGGAGAAGUUCGUCUUGCACGUCGAAACGCUCUUUGCGGCGAUUGACGACCUCAACGAGGCGUUCCGACGAGCUGGGGCGAAAGAACUACAACACGUCCGCGAGGCGCGCAUGCUCUGCAAGAAGGUCGUCAACUUCUUCAUGCUCCUUUCGCACACGCACGAGACGGGCGCGCGCAAGAUGUCAAUCACGCAGGACCUGCUCUCCCUCGUCACCGGCCUCGCCCACUAUCUCAAGAUCCUCAUCCGCAUCGCGCUCGCUGGCAGCCUCAAGCUUGAGCGGGAGCACGGGAACGUGCAGGCUAUCGGGCUCUUCCUCGGGCGGCUGGACCGCCUGGCGAGGGAUCCCGAAGCCAACAAGAUCUCGGCGACGAUGCUGGCGUUGGCGAGGAAGGGCGGCGCUCGGAACGCCUCGUCUGCUCGUGCCGGCCUUGGACCCGCGACAUCGACAGCACCCAACCGCAAGGACUCGGAUCGAUCGGCUGAAUCCGCGUCCGGCGACGAGGCGAACGGCGGUUCGCAUGUUGCGCCCGUUCUCGCUCGACCUACGUACGGGUACAAGUCUCUCGCCCGCGCUAUCGGCACGCUUGUCGGACAAGGCGAGGCGACGACGGAUCUGUGCGAAGGAUGCCGCCUCACAAUCGAGGAAGAAUGCGUCCGUCACGGCACCUCGAUCCGGUGGCAUCUGCCCUGCCUGCGCUGCGCCCAGUGCCAUCGGCUAGCGACGAAGGACGACUCGACUGCAAACGCCUCCGCGUUGCUGCCGCUCGCCGACUUCGUCUGGGUACCGGCGGGCGGUGAAGGCGGACAGGGGUCGACGGUCUGCAAGGAGUGCGCGCGGCGGGAACGGGGAGGAUCUCUCGAGGGAACGGUCGACGGCUUCGCCCACGUCACGCGACUCGAACAAUAUGCGUUCCUGCUCUGCGUCGCGCUUAACAAGCUGUACGGCCGCUUGAAGCAGCGAGGAGUGGUACCUGGGACACCUCCCGACGGCGAGGAGACGCGGUCGCUCUCCGACGCCUAUCGCGACUCGAGCGACAUCAAGCGGAUGAAGUCCGUCCAGCUCGACCGCAAGCUGUCGGCGACGACAGCCCGCGUCCCUCAGCGGUCCACCGUCAUCCAGUCGCCUUCCGGCCGAACGGCUCAGAGCGAUGCAACCGACCCGACCUUCCAGCUCUUCCAGGCGAAACCGCCCGUUCCGUCCCGAAAGGAUCAGCCGCUUGUCGACCCCGUACGCGGGACAACGAUCCCUCGGUCACAAGUGCGCGAGGUUGCGCCCCCUUCCUCCGGUGGUGCUACGCCUACGCCGUCGAAUGCCGUGACGCCGACGCCCUCGCCAGGCCUCGCCGGUCCCGCUCCCCUACCGCCAUCAGCUACCCUUCCCGCUGCGGUCCAACGACCGCACUUCAACCGCGCGACUACCGCUGUUCGCAUCGUCGACGACCCUCCUCCAAAGACGGAGGACGUGCCGAGCGGCGAAGUGCGCGAACGUGAAGGGCUGGGCGGGACGAGCGAGCCGACUAAGGAUGAGGAAGGCCUCACGCUUGCCGACCUGCCGAAGGCGCUCGAGGCUGAGCAGAAACGCGCAGCUGCACCCGACUAUCAGGCCGGGCGAUCUCCCCUCAGUGACCCUCGCGAACAAAGUCGACCUUACGCGAGUCCCGCCAACAACGGUCCGAAGCUUCUCUCCGAGCUGUCGGCGCUCGAGUACUUCAUCGUCAAGCACGUCUCAGCCGUCCUCUUGUCGAGCGAGACGAGCGCUCUCUGCGAUGUUGCGCCCCUCGACGACUUGCUGGACAUCAUCGACGCUCGGAAGAACACCUUUUGGGGAAAGCUCUUCAAGGCGGGCGGCGAGAAGAAGAAGGUGCCCAAGAAAGGCGUCUUCGGCAUUCCCCUCGAGGUCCUCGUCGAGCGCAACGGCGCCGACUCGAUGCACGGCGCCGGACCAGGUUCUCUCCGCGUCCCGAGCUUUGUCGACGACGUCAUCUCGGCGAUGAAGCAAAUGGACAUGUCGAUCGAGGGCAUCUUCCGCAAGAACGGCAACAUCCGUCGCCUCAAAGACCUCACAGAAGCGCUCGAUCGCGACGCCAGCUCGGUCAACCUCUCGGACGACAACCCCGUCCAGCUCGCCGCGCUCCUCAAGAAGUUUCUUCGCGACCUGCCCGACCCCUUGAUGACCUUCAAGCUCUUCCACCUUUUUAUCGCCGCGCAACGCGUCGAUGACCCGGAGGCACGCAAGAAAGCGCUGCACUACUGCUGUUGUAUGAUGCCGAAGGCUCACCGCGACACGAUGGAGGUCGUAUUCGUCUUCCUCAAAUGGGUCGCCUCGUUCUCGCACGUCGACGAAGAGACCGGCUCGAAGAUGGACCUCCAGAACCUCGCGACCGUCAUCAGCCCGAACAUCCUCUACGCCAAGGGCAAGGAUCCGGCUCGCGACGAGAGCUUCUCGGCCGCAAGAGUGGUGCAUGAGCUGCUCGAAAUGCAGGACGAGUUCUGGGAGGUUCCCGCCGAGUGCCUGUCCAUCCUGAACGACCAAGAGCUCUUCUCGAACCCGUCGCAACUUACGUCGAAGGAGAUCCUCGCUCGCGCCGAGAACCACAUCCGCCUGAACGGCCGGGCCACGCACUGGAAGGUCUCGAGGGGAGAAGCAAGUCCGCCGCGGCGACCAGGCUUGCAGGAGGCUUGGUCGGCGCCAGCGGUUCCUGGUGGAGGAGGCGGCAGCCGUCCGAUCUCGACCUACGCCUCGCCUUCGCCUUUCCGAUCGCCCGAACGGCCUACCUCGUAUUCGAAUCAGCCUUCGAGCGGCGGCGGCGGCGGACCCAAUGCGAAUGGCGCUCCGCAGCCAUGGUCGACCGGUUCCCCCCCUUGGCCACCUGCACCACCGCCCGAGGACCGCUUCGAGGCACCUUACCGCCGUGGCACCGAAGCGACCGGCUCGUCGUCGUCCUUGCACCGGCAGGCGUACUCAGAGUCGGGCCAGCCACCCUUCCCCUCCCACCCGAUGCCGCACACCUCGUCUUCCCACCCUUACCAACGCGCAGCCGGACGAUGA